ACACUUGUUCCCAUGUAAAGUUGCAUACCUUUUCUUUCCAUUCAAUCCUCCUCUUCUCAUUCUCCGCCAAGAAUAAAAAAAAUUAAAUACAUAGGAAUAUGACCAUCCCUUGCAUGAUCAAGAACCAAACCUCCACCUCCCACAACAAAAAACACAAAAACAAUUUAACCUUGGACGAUCUAGUCUCUCCACAUCAAUCCCACAUACCACCGCAGUUCAUAUGGCCGGACGACGAGAAGCCCUCGCCCAACCCACCGCAGCUCCACGCACCGGUGGUCGACAUAGGCGGCUUCCUGGCCGGUGACUCUGCCGCUUCUGUGGAAGCGGCAGAGCUAAUUGGCCAGGCAUGCACGAAGCACGGCUUCUUCCUAGUGGUGAACCAUGGUGUGGACGCGGGGCUCAUCGCGGACGCCCACGGUUUCAUGGGCGAGUUCUUCGAGCGGCCGUUUGAAGAGAAGAUUAGGGCUGAGAGGAAGAGGGGUGAGCACUGUGGCUAUGCGAGUAGCUUCAUUGGGAGAUUCUCUUCGAAGCUGCCAUGGAAGGAGACUCUCUCGUUUGAGUAUUCUUCUUCUCAAAAGGGCUCUUCGACUAGUGUUGAACACUACUUUCGCACCACUGUGGGUCAAGAUUUUGCACACUUGGGGAGUAUUUAUCAAGAGUAUUGUCGUGCGAUGAGCGCACUCUCGAUGGGGAUCAUGGAACUCCUAGCCGUUAGCCUAGGUGUGCCGCGUGCUCACUUCAAGGAGUUCUUCAACGACAACGAAUCAAUAAUGAGACUAAACUAUUACCCGCCGUGUCAGAAGCCGGACCUAACCCUAGGAACGGGGCCGCACUGCGAUCCGACUUCGCUGACCAUCCUUCACCAAGACAACGUCGAUGGGCUCCAAGUGUUUGUUGACGAUGAAUGGCGAGCCAUCUCUCCCAACCCCAAUGCCUUUGUGGUCAACAUUGGUGACACAUUCAUGGCACUAUCAAAUGGGAGAUACAAGAGCUGUUUGCACAGGGCAGUGGUGAACAGCAAGUGUCCUAGGAAAUCUCUUGCAUUCUUUCUAUGUCCGAAAAUGGAUAAGAUUGUGAAGCCUCCAUCUGAAUUAGUGGACUCUGAUAAUCCAAGAGUAUAUCCAGAUUUCACAUGGCCAACCCUACUUGAAUUCACUCAAAAACAUUAUAGGGCUGACAUGAACACCCUCCAAUCUUUCUCCAACUGGCUUCAGAAUCAAUAUCAAAAUAGUUAGUUGCAGUUGUUCAAUUUGUUGCAAGAUUGUGUACUUUCCUGAAAAUUGGUGUUUGGAAAUAUGGUAGGUGCUCUAGAAAUCAAGCACACUGUGCAAUAAAUUAUCUCUGCAUUAUCUAUCAUCUGGAGGAAAUUUUGUAAGCUACAAGUAUAAUAAGUAAUUUGUAGCAACAUUUUGUUCAUGACUUGGCAAGGAACAAAAUAUUAUGGACUCGAAGUUGUGUUGUGCUAUA